UUCCAGUGAUGGCGGAGAGUGGUGCGAAGGGAAAUUGUGUCACAAACAUAUCUUUCGUACAAAUACGAUCUGUGCUUAAUUUUCUGUUUUAGUUGUAAUUCAUUUAAAGCGGGUUGUGAUGGCCCACCGAUACCUCUUCUUAUCAAGAGGUUGCAGGAACCUUUCCAAGAUAAAUUUACCUCCAAACGUCAGAUCAACAAACUAUGUAACGUUACGACAGGUCUCAAAUCAAGCUGAAACUCAAAGUCCCUCUGGUCUUGAAAGAGGAUCACUGCUCUGGAGUGUUUUAGGUGCCUAUAGAAGACUAUGCUCUAAACCUCCCAAAGGAUUUGAGAAAUAUUUCCCUAACAAGACAAGCCCAAAACACAGUGAACCAAAACCAGCCGAGGCUAAAGAGGCCAAGCCAAGUAAUGGCAACAGAGCCAGUAGGUCCAGUGGCGGUGGCGGUGGUGGUGGCGACAGCGGUGGUGGUGGUGGCGCCUCGGGUGGACGAGGAAAACGAGAUAGAAGGAAAGAUGAAGAUACCUGGUUCGGCCGUCUCCAGAAGGGUGAUAUACCAUGGGAUGACAGAGACUUCCUUGCUGUUAUCGUAUCCAUAACUGUUUUUUGGGCAGCUGCCACUUAUUUACUCCUUGAACGAAAUGGUGGGAGGGAAGUCACCUGGAAAGACUUUGUGAAUCUGUAUCUCUCCAAAGGCAUUGUUGACCGGUUAGAGGUUGUCAACAAACGGUAUGUCAAAGUGAUAUUUGCCCCAGGACAGACCCCAAUUGACAGACAAUAUGUCUGGUUCAACAUUGGGAGUGUGGACACAUUUGAGCGUAACCUGGAGACAGCCCAGCUAGAGAUGGGCAUUCAAGGGGAGAACAGGCUCCCAGUUGUCUACUCCACUGAGAGUGAUGGGUCCUUCCUCCUCAGCAUGCUGCCCACUGUGCUGAUCAUCAGCUUCCUGCUCUUCAUGCUCCGCCGCGGGCCUGCCGGAGGUGGCAGACCAGGCAGGGGCAUGGGAGGCCUGUUCAGCGUCGGCGAGACCACCGCCAAGGUGCUCCGCGACGAGAUCGACAUCAAGUUCAAGGACGUGGCGGGCUGCGAGGAGGCCAAGAUGGAGAUCAUGGAGUUUGUCAAUUUUCUCAAGAACCCCAAGCAGUACCAGGAUCUUGGAGCAAAGAUCCCCAAGGGUGCUAUUUUGACUGGUCCUCCUGGAACCGGGAAAACGCUAUUGGCUAAGGCCACUGCAGGAGAGGCCAACGUGCCCUUCAUCACGGUUAAUGGGUCUGAGUUCCUGGAGAUGUUUGUGGGCGUGGGUCCAGCCAGGGUACGGGACCUGUUUGUGCUGGCGCGUAAGAAUGCCCCCUGCAUCCUGUUCAUAGACGAGAUCGACGCCGUGGGGAGGAAGCGAGGCCGUGGCAACUUUGGGGGGCAGAGUGAGCAGGAGAACACUCUCAAUCAGUUACUGGUGGAGAUGGACGGGUUUAACACGGCGACUAAUGUAGUUGUCCUGGCUGGAACUAACAGACCAGACAUCUUGGACCCGGCACUAAUGAGACCCGGUCGCUUUGACCGACAGAUUUACAUAGGUCAUCCAGAUAUCAAAGGCAGAGCCUCCAUAUUCAAAGUGCAUCUUAGGCCCCUUAAGCUGGACACAGAGAUGGAUAAAGAUGCUCUGGCCAGAAAAAUGGCUGCUCUCACUCCUGGUUUCUCAGGUGCGGACAUUGCCAACGUCUGCAAUGAGGCAGCACUGAUUGCUGCCCGUCACCUCUCCGAUGCCAUCGACCAGAAGCACUUUGAGCAGGCCAUCGAACGUGUGAUCGGAGGUCUGGAGAAGAAGACCCAGGUGCUGCAGCCUGAGGAGAAGAAGACGGUGGCCUACCACGAGGCUGGCCAUGCUGUGGCCGGCUGGUUCCUGGAGCACGCCGACCCACUCCUCAAGGUGUCCAUAAUCCCGCGUGGGAAGGGCUUAGGGUACGCUCAGUACCUGCCCAAGGAGCAGUAUCUCUACACCAAGGAGCAGCUGCUGGACAGGAUGUGCAUGACGCUGGGGGGACGCGUGUCCGAGGAGAUCUUCUUCAGCCGCAUCACCACCGGGGCACAGGAUGACCUGAAGAAGGUCACGCAGAGUGCCUACGCUCAGAUUGUGCAGUUUGGCAUGAAUGAAAAGGUGGGCCAGGUGUCGUUCGACCUGCCCCGGCAGGGCGAGAUGGUGCUGGAGAAGCCCUACAGCGAGGCCACUGCCCGUCUCAUCGACACUGAGGUGCGCCACCUCAUCACCGAGGCGUACGAGCGCACCACCCAGCUGCUCAACGAGAAGAAGGAAGAAGUGGAGAAGGUGGCACUGCGUCUCCUGGAGAAGGAGGUCCUGGACAAAAACGACAUGGUGGAGCUGCUGGGGCCGCGGCCGUUCGCCGAGAAGUCCACGUACGAGGACUUUGUGGAGGGCACGGGCAGCAUGGAGGAGGACACCUCGCUGCCCGAGGGCCUCAAGGACUGGAACAAGGAGCGCGGCAGCGACAAGGAGGAGAGCACCGAGGAGCAGGUGGCGCGGCAGAUAUCCGGCGGCAUGCCCUUCUAGAAGCCUAGAACCUCCUCAGGUGGGACCGCAGCCAGUGGGGGAGGUCUGGAACUUGCAGAGUGACCUGGGUUGCUGUCUAAAGGGAGGGGGGGGGGG